GCUUCCGCUUCCGGUAAUAGCGAGCGGCUCUGCGUCCUAAGUGGCCAUGGCGGGUAGCCGGUUGGAAAGGGUGGGGAGCGUGUUCUCCCGGACACGGGAUCUGAUGCGUGCUGGGGUUUUGAAGGAGAAGCCAGUGUGGUUUGACAUAUAUGAGGCCUUUCCGCCUCUGAGAGAGCCUGUCUAUCGAAGGCCCCGUUUGCGAUAUGGCAAAGCCAAAGCUUCCAUCCAGGACAUCUUUUACCAGGAGGAUCAGAUUCGAGCGAAAUUCUUUUCGGCCUAUGGAUCUGGUCAGAAAGCUUUUGAUCUGUUCAACCCAAAAUUCAAGUCUAUCUGUCAGCGGUUUGUGGAGAAGUACAUGGAGCUGCAGAAUCUGGGAGAAACAGAUGAAGAGAAGUUAUUUGUGGAAACGGGGAAGGCUUUGUUGGCAGAAGGUGUCAUUUUGAGACGAGUAAGAGAAGCCAGGACUGUCAAUGUGGGACCCCAAGCCUCGUCAGAAGGAAAGCAGCCUCAGGAAGAAGAAGCCCGGGCGCAGCAGGAGCCAAAGACGGCUCUCUCCCCGCCCUGAGGCCCGUCUGCAUGGAGCCUGCCCACCACGGCUGGGCUAAGCUGUUUGGACUCUGGUGGUCUCCCAUCUCUCAGGCAUGUGUGCCUUCUCCUAGUUCUUCUUUCUGAGUUGUUACAAAUCUCAGCCCCGGGGUUUGAAAGCGCCAGUUUUGUGAACUUUUCUUUCAAGACAUGGUUAAAUAAAGGGUUCUCCAGUGCUUACAAAGUAAA